CGUCAGUCGCGCCUCCUCCACAUCCGCGCACCCGGAAACUGAUCAGUGCAACAAAAGCAUCGCUUUCUGCAGGCAAUAAACUCCAUCAGCAUCAUGUCAGAUAAAAGUGAGCUGAAGGCUGAGCUUGAGCGAAAGAAACAACGCUUGGCUCAGAUUAGAGAGGAGAAGAAGAGAAAGGAGGAGGAACGCAAGAAAAAAGAGGCUGAGCUGAAGAAGGUGGCCGUCCCACAGCAGGAUGACUCAGACCUGGAGAAGAAGCGCAGAGAGGCGGAUGCUCUUCUGCAGAGUAUGGGCAUCACGUCAGACACACCUGCGGUUCCUGCACCCGUAUCUCCCACGGCCAAAUCUGUGGGAACUCCAAGUGAGGCAGGGAGCCAAGACUCAGGAGAAGGAGUCACCGGACCAAGGACUCUGCACUGGGACUGCGACCCCUCUACUCUUCUGCUUCACUCUGAGCUGGGACGUGGUCCUCUGAAGUUGGCAAUGGCGAAGACGACCCACGUGGAUUUCCCACCCAAAGAGGUGGUGUCCUACACCAAGGAGACGCAGACGCCCGCCACGACACAGCAGAAAGAGGAGGAAGAUGAGGAGGAAGAGGCCCCAGCACCACAACCAGAGGUCGAGGCAGAGAAAGAGAAACCAGUGGAGAAACACGAAGAGGAAGCGGCCCCUCAUGAGCUAACAGAGGAGGAGAAGUUACAGAUUCUGCACUCGGAGGAGUUCAUGGAGUUUUUCGAUCACAGCACACGCAUCGUGGAGCGCGCUCUGUCCGAACACGUGGAUGUUUUCUUCGACUACAGCGGCCGGGACAUGGAGGAGAAGGAGGGUGAGAUGCAGGCUGGGGCGAAACUGUCUCUGAACAGGCAGUUUGUGGAUGACCGCUGGUCCAAACAGCGAGUGGUAACCUGUCUGGAUUGGUCCCCACUGUAUCCAGAGUUGCUGGUCGCCUCUUAUAACAACAAUGAGGAAGCCCCACAUGAGCCUGAUGGAGUGGCUUUGGUCUGGAACAUGAAAUACAAGAAGGCCACACCGGAGUAUGUCUUCCACUGUCAGUCUGCGGUCAUGUCCGCAGCGUUUGCAAAGUUUCAUCCUAACCUGGUUGUCGGUGGCACUUAUUCAGGACAGAUCGUCCUGUGGGACAACAGAAGUAACAGGCGCACCCCUGUCCAGAGGACCCCUCUCUCUGCUGCGGCCCACACGCACCCAGUGUACUGUGUGAAUGUGGUUGGCACACAGAACGCUCAUAACCUCAUUAGCAUCUCUACUGAUGGAAAGAUGUGCUCCUGGAGUCUGGACAUGCUGUCUCAACCACAGGACAGUAUGGAGCUGGUGUUUAAGCAGUCUAAAUCCGUUGCGGUCACCUCCAUGUCCUUCCCUCUGGGUGACGUUAAUAACUUUGUGGUGGGGAGUGAGGAUGGAUCAGUGUACACAGCCUGUCGCCAUGGCAGUCGGGCAGGGAUCAGUGAGAUGUUCGAGGGACAUCAUGGUCCAAUCACAGGCAUUCACUGUCACACAGCGACUGGGCCGGUAGAUUUCUCUCAUCUCUUCCUGACCGCCUCUUUUGAUUGGACUGUUAAACUCUGGAGCAGCAAGAAUAACAAGCCGCUGUACUCGUUUGAGGAUAACUCGGAUUAUGUUUAUGAUGUGAUGUGGUCUCCGGUACAUCCCGCCCUGUUCGCGUGUGUUGACGGACUCGGACGCAUCGACCUGUGGAACCUCAACAACGACACCGAGGUGCCCUCUGUCAGCGUGGCUGUGGAAGGGAGUCCUGCUCUGAACAGACUGCGCUGGUCUCAGUCGGGUAGAGAGAUCGCCGUCGGGGACUCAGAGGGACAGAUACACAUCUACGACAUCGGCGAGCAAAUCGCAGUCCCACGGAGCGACGAAUGGACCCGGUUUGUGCGAACGCUGGCGGAGAUCAACGAGAACCGCGACGAUGCGGAGGAGCUGGCCGCCCAACGCCUUUCCGCUUGAUCCUCACGGAAACCAGCAAAGCUGUAAUCAUCUCUCUCUUUGGAAAUGAAAUUAUUUGUGUCUGCAAACCUUUGAUUCUGCCUUUUGUUUGGAAUGAAAAUAUGUGCCGUUGACCGUAGGUGUGCGAUUCAUAGUGCGAGAGCAGAAGGCCUCCCUGUCGCCCCACAACCAGAAGCCUUAACAUUUGCAUGCAAAAACAAAAACCAUAAUGAAUGUUUCUGUUUUUCUAUCCAGGUAUCGCUGAGCGUGCUAAACUCUCAGCUCAUUAUGCACAGCCAAAUAUAAACCAUUUACAAAGAUAAAUCUCAUUAAACCGGUGUCUGGCUCAUAGUUCAUCCCCAAAAUUAAAAAAGAAUAAAGAAAGAAAAUACUUAUAGAUUUUCAUGA